AUGGCAGCCCGCAACCAGGAUGUAAGCCACGCGUCACUGCUGUUCCUCCUUGCUGACCUGCACCAACCCGCAACCAGCAUGGCAGCAUCCCUUAUUGUGAGCGUUCCACUGGCGGUAGCAGCAGUGGGAGCGCCGCUGGGGGCCUGGCUUGCUGAGGCAGCCACUCUCCUUCCCCACCUCCCUUCUUCAAACCCCCUCGUUACCCCUCGCCCCCACUCUCCCCCCGCCCACCAUCCAUGCAGCCUUGAUUGUGAGCAUUCCACUGGCGGUGGCAGCAGUGGGGAUGCCGCUGGGGGUUUGCUUGCUGAGGCAGCCACUCUCCUUCCCCACCUCCCUUCUUCAAACCCCCUCGUUACCCCUCCCCCCCACUCUCCCCCCACCACCAUCCAUGCAGCCUUGAUUGUGAGCAUUCCACUGGCGGUGGCAGCAGUGGGAGCGCCACUGGGGGGGUGGCUUGCUGACGUGGCAGGGAGGAGGCGGGCGUUUCAGAUUGCCGCCCUGCCGUUCAUUGCUGGGUCGCUUUUCAGGUGUGUGGUGGGGAAGGUUCAUGUAGCCCGCAACUCAAUUCUUGGGGCACGUAACCCCCACCUCAUCUCGCGGGACUUGGGGCACGUUAGCUCAGCUCUCCACCAGCACGGGAGUCUUUUCUGCCUUACUGGCGGGCCUGCCUCUGGAGGAACACCACAGCUGGUGGCGAGGCAUGUUCCUCCUGGGCUCUCUCCCUCCCUGCCUCUUGCUGCUCGGCAUGGCACUGGCCGCACCAGAGACCCCUCGCUGGCUGCUGCUGCACCACAGCAUGCAUGCAGCAGCGCGAGCAGCAGUGAUUCUGAGAGGAACGGAGGGAGCAGAAGAAGUGCUACAGGAGCUCACGUCAGCACAACCAUCACUGACGUCAGCACAACCAGCAGCACUGACGUCUGCACACUCAGCACAGGAGCCAGCACACGUCGCAGCCCUGCCAGGUGCUGCUGCUGCUGCUGCUCAUCAUGCAACAGGCGCCACCGCCACCCUGCACACGCCUUUGCUCAGCAGCAAAGGUUCUGCUCCGCCCCCUGCUGCCUCUCUCUUCCAUCCGAAAUACCGACAAGUGCUCCUCCUAGGCUCAGCGCUCUUCGCCCUGCAGCAGUUCUCAGGAAUCAACGCUGUCGUCUACUUCUCCUCCCACGUAUUCCUCUCUGCUGGUUUCUCCUCCGGAAUCGCAGUCUCUGCCCUCAUCGCACUCUUCAAGCUCUCAGCUGUGCUGCUGGCUGCUCGUCUGGUGGAUUCGGCAGGGAGAAAGCCCCUUCUGCUGCUCUCUUUCCUUGGCAUGGGAUGCUCCAUGCUGUUUCUCUCGGCGGUCCUGUCCUUGCCUCUCCUGCAACCCCAUGCGCCACUUCUCUCUGUUAUCGGCACAAUCAC